AAUACUAAAAAAAAUAAUGCUACAAAAAACAGGGUUUGCUGUAUCGAAGGGGACUCAGUAGAACAGAAGGGGUCCUCGUCUUCUCCGAUUUUGCAACAUAUUAUCACACAUAGUGGAAGUUAUGGCUGGGCGUAGUGAUUCAGGUUCAUCUGAGAAGAAAUCAAGUGAGGCCACGAAUGAUGUACCAACCUUUAGUGCAGAGAAUCUGCAAAGUAACAUGAAAAUUAUCUAUUACAGCCGAACAUUCAUGUCCAUCAUUGGUGGGGUUGUUGCUGGAAUUUUAGGGUUCACAGGCUUGACCGGGUUUAUCUUCUAUUUUCUUGUCAUGGCAAUUACUUCAGUUGGGCUCAUAGCCAAAGCAAAGUUUUCAGUUAAUUCAUACUUCGAUAGCUGGAAUAGGAUAUUACUCGAUGGAUUUAUGGGUGGUCUCAUGUCAUUCGUGCUGUUCUGGACAUUUGCUUAUGACAUUGUGCAUAUAUUCUGAGGAAGAUCUGCCGCCACCUGCUUGGAAGAAAGGCCAAAUUGCUGCUGCUGCUUCUCAUGGCCAACGUUAUCCUGACAUUUGCAAACUGAUUUAACAGUGUGUACCAAACUUAUGUUAUUGUGAUUUGUGAGGUUCCUUUCAAAAUUUUGGUACAUUCCCUUUAUUCCUUGGAUACCAUUCUUGAUGCUAUAGAACAUCACCACUUGAAUGUACUGAUCCUAAAUUUAAAUCGAACUGAGGGAAUGAGAUCAAAUCUUGAUCUAGCUAUCGGCAAGCCUUAUUUUUCUUGUGUGCUUCAGAAUUUGCAGUUCGCCCAAAACUUUGAUCAUGUGCAUGUAGUAUUAUAGUUGUAUGCAAGUGAAUUAAUGCAAAUAUCAGUU